UUUUGAGAACUAAGCAUUCGUUCAGGAGUUCGGGUAGAAUAUUUUUCGUUGGAAAAGUGUGAACUUUUAUUUUAUUCCGAUAAGAAAUUUGACUUUAAAAUAUGAUAAAUUUGCUCGAAAGCCUCUAGUUUUAAGUGAAUAUAGUGCCCAAACAAAAACUCAAUAGAAAUGCGUAAGAAUGUGUGGAAAAUAGUGUAUAAGUGAAAAUUCUAUAACUUUUCUGAAAGUGAAAUGACAUUUUGAGAAGACUUGGACUUGAUCGACGAAGGUGGCGGCAGCGGCCAUUAAAGAAUUCGUUGAGUUUGUCGGGAUUCGGCAAAAGCUAAAGAAGAGAGGAGUGGUGCUUGCUAGUGAUGCCGAAAUUAGGGAACUGUUUUGCUUUAUUGAAUGCUUCCCUAUAAUACUUUAAGGAUUCAACUUCUCCAUAUUUAGGACAGAUUUCGUCAAGUUGGAAAAUUCAGUGUUGAAUUUUUAAAUAUUUUCAUAUUCAUAAAUACACAGCAUAAAUAUAUUUUUACGAAACUUCUAAGAAAAAAGAGAUAUCUGGAGAUAAAUAUUAUAUAUUUUUAAGUAAUAUAAAAUUUGGCAAAAUUAAGAUACAAAAGUGGAGUACUAGAGUGUACUAGAAAUUCGUAUUGAAGAUGAUCGCCAUACUGAACUGGAUUGUGUGGUGUUUGGAAAAUGAAUAGUGAACAUGCAACAGUAAAAGCAUCUGCUGGUGAGUCAGCGAAAGCCACAAUUACUGUAGCAACAGCUAAUGAAUUGAAUCGACAAUAUCAGCAACAUCAGCAGCAGCAGCAACAGCAACAGCAACAAAAUUCACCACAGCAGCAUAUUAACGACUCGACGCAUUUGCAGCAACAUUUGCAAUUACAACAACCGCAAAACCAUCACCUAAACGAGCUCCAAAAAAUACGCAGACAAGAAACAUCUCAGCAGCAGCAGCAACAUCAAUUGCAUCACUCCCAGCAGACAAAUUCAAUGUCGGUGAGUAGUGGAGGAGAUCGAGGAGGCGGAGGAGGUGCUGGGGCCAGCGGCGUCAAUAUCGCUGUAAGUUCCUCCGUAGUAACCGCUGGCGCUAUUGGCAGCGCAAGUGUUGCCGGUAAUGCCUGUAAUGCUUCCGGCAACAAUUUAAUACCUCUUGCUGUCCCUGGUCAACAUCAGCCGGUUUCUGUAGCAACAAUUGCCGCUGCGACAGCCGGGGGUGCAAUUAUAUCUACCGUGCCCACAACUACCCCUGUUAGUGUUGGGGGUCUAACCAUAAGUGUCGCUAAUGCUCCGGCAACAAUCCUCAGUGGCAAUGUUUCCGAUCAAAAGAUGUUGCAACAGCAAUUACAACAACAACAAUCAAUGGGUUCUACUGGUGUCACAGUGUCAACGGCAGCACCAACCACAACCGCACUUCUACCAAAUGCACCAAACUUGAGCAAGUAUUGGGUGGUUUCGAAUGGUCAAGCGCUUCCCUAUAACUUAUUACCUAAUGGCACCAUAAUCACACCACAUCAGCGGCAGCCAACAACAACGGAUCAGCAGCACACGCAUACGCAACAGCAGGUGCCACAGCAACAGCAGCAGCAACAACAACAGCAGCAACAACAACAACAACAACAACAACAACAGCAAACAAAUUCAUUGCAAAUACACGCCACAAUAAAUACAAGCGAUGACAAUCGACAACAACAGCAUCAAGUUUCGCAACAGCAACAUGUAGCCGCUGGCGUGCAACAGUCCCAGCAACCCCAACAGCAGCAACAGCAACACCAAUUAAUACAACGGGAGCAUAUUAAGGAGGAGAAGCCAUUUAUAGAUAACGGAAAGCUAAAUCAAUCAAUUGUCAUGCAACACGUUAGUGCAACACCGUCGUCUGCGCCGUCGACCUCUGGUGCCACCACAAUCACGUUAGGUGCGCCAAAAACCGAAAUAAAAGACGAUGUUGGAAUGGGCAAACCGCCGCCAGGCAUUGAAAUGUAUAAAGUUAACAUAGAAGACUUUUCACAGCUCUUUACCUAUCACGAAGUUUUUGGAAAAAUUCAUGGUGAUGUUAUGAACCAGGCUGCACAUUCAGUUCCAAAUGCAGCACCGCCACCAACACACAGUAAUGCGAGUAACAAUGCUGCUGUUGCGGCUGUUGUGGCCAGUGCUAAUGCAGCUGCUGCAGCAGCGGCGGCGGCAGCUGCAGCCGCCAAUACUACAAGUGGCGUAGUGGCGCCUACUACUACCCCAAAUUUAACAACGGCCAUCUCCACCAGUGGCACAACGACUGCACCAGCCACUUCUGUUACAGCAACACCAACCGUAACGGGUGAAUUGUUGAUGCCGAAAAUGGAAGGAGGACUACCAGUUGUCGAUCAAGCAACAACAAUCACUCUAGCCCCGGAUGGCACGCCUAUUGCCACAGGCACACAUGUGUGCGACAUUUGCGGCAAAAUCUUCCAAUUUCGCUAUCAGUUAAUUGUACAUCGACGCUAUCAUAGCGAACGAAAACCAUUCAAUUGUCAGGUAUGCGGUCAAGGGUUUACUACCUCGCAGGACUUAACACGUCACGGCAAGAUACAUAUCGGUGGACCGAUGUUUACGUGCAUUGUGUGUUUUAAUGUUUUCGCAAACAAUGCCAGCCUGGAGCGCCAUAUGAAACGACAUUCAACCGAUAAGCCUUUCGCUUGCACGAUCUGUCAGAAGACAUUUGCACGUAAAGAACAUUUAGACAACCAUUUUCGUUCGCACACGGGCGAAACGCCGUUCCGAUGCCAAUAUUGCGCCAAGACAUUCACACGCAAGGAGCACAUGGUUAAUCAUGUGCGCAAACACACGGGUGAGACGCCACAUCGUUGCGAUAUUUGUAAGAAGUCCUUCACGCGCAAGGAACACUAUGUCAACCACUACAUGUGGCACACUGGCCAAACACCUCAUCAGUGUGAUGUUUGCGGCAAGAAGUAUACACGCAAGGAACAUCUAGCCAAUCAUAUGCGUUCACACACUAAUGACACUCCAUUCAGAUGUGAGAUAUGCGGCAAAAGCUUCAGUCGUAAGGAGCAUUUCACCAAUCACAUUCUCUGGCAUACCGGCGAAACACCCCAUCGUUGCGAUUUUUGCUCUAAGACAUUUACACGCAAGGAACAUUUGUUAAAUCAUGUACGUCAGCAUACUGGCGAAUCGCCCCAUCGUUGCACUUAUUGCUUGAAAACGUUUACGCGUAAGGAACACCUAGUAAAUCACAUACGUCAGCAUACAGGUGAAACACCAUUUAAGUGCACCUAUUGUACGAAGGCAUUUACGCGCAAAGAUCAUAUGGUGAAUCAUAUAAGACAACAUACUGGCGAAUCGCCACACAAGUGCACUUACUGCACCAAAACGUUUACACGUAAGGAGCAUCUUGUCAAUCAUGUGCGUCAGCAUACAGGCGAGUCUCCACAUCGUUGCAGUUACUGCAAGAAGACUUUCACACGUAAAGAACAUUUGACGAAUCAUGUGCGCUUGCAUACUGGUGAUUCACCGCACAAAUGUGAAUAUUGUCAGAAGACAUUUACGCGCAAGGAGCAUCUUAACAAUCAUAUGCGUCAGCAUUCAAGCGACAAUCCUCACUGUUGCAAUGUCUGUAACAAGCCAUUUACCCGUAAGGAGCAUCUUAUUAAUCAUAUGUCACGUUGUCACACUGGCGAUCGUCCUUUUGCCUGUGAAACUUGUGGUAAAUCAUUUCCACUCAAAGGUAAUUUGCUGUUCCAUCAGCGCAGUCAUACUAAAGGACAAGAAUGCGAACGUCCAUUUUCAUGUGAGAAGUGUCCUAAGACAUUUAUAUGUAAAGGCCAUCUUGUCUCUCAUAUGCGUUCGCAUUCGGGCGAGAAACCACACGCUUGUACAUUGUGCAGCAAAGCUUUUGUAGAGCGUGGAAAUUUGAAGCGACACAUGAAGAUGAACCAUCCUGAUGCGGUAAUGCCUCCACCACCACAACCACACCCACAAAUUCCAGCAGGCAUAUUAGCUUCAGUGAAAGAGGAAAUCAAGCCGAUAUUUCUUCCCCAUCAAACACCAACAAUGCACACUAUCCAGCAAAUAACAUCAGGGGCUGCUGCGGCGAAUGCCGUACAGUUGGCGCCCAGUCUAGUGCCGCUGGUCACUUCAACAAUAACAUCGCACAAUAAUCAGAAACCACAGCAACAACAGCAGCAGCAACAACAACAACAGCAGCAGCAAGCACAUCAGCAACAUCAACAACAAGUCCAACAGCAACAACAACAGCAACAGCAGCAGCAACAACAAGCACACCAGCAGCAACAACAAUUGCUGCAAUUAUCUCUACAACAUCAACAACAACAGCAGGAACAACAUCGCCAACACCAGCAGCAACAACAACAGGUACAGGCACAUCAUCAACAAACCCAAGCGCAGGCGCAACAACAAGCACAUGCACCUCAACCUCAACCGCCACCAGUGCCAAUCGCACUAAUCCAAACUGAUCCGAGCGCUUUAGCACGCGCGGCAAUGCAAUUGCAACACCUGCCAGCCAAUGUUGAGCAACAUCCGGUGGUUUACUAACAGCAGCAUAACUUUGCAAAUUGGUGAGGCGCAUUAACGGCAGCGUUAAACAGUAACAGUAACAACAGUAGAGCGGAUGAAAUGUGUGUGGUGGAUAGAACGGUGCUAAGUUAAAUACGCGCAAGUCUGCAGCUAAUACUAUGAUUCCCACUGGUGCUUUCGUGACGCAUGUAAUGCAGCUAAGAAGAGAAAGCCGGUAGGCGGUAGGGAAAUAUUAUGAGAAUUCAUUAUGUUUAUUCUUCAGAACGUAUUUCUACGUUCAUAUUUUUAGUUGUUUAUUUGAAUUCAACUGUGUUUAUUAUUAUUGUACGUAAGCAUACAUAAUGUAUGUACAUAUGUACAACAAUUAUAACUUGCAUCUAACAUUGAUUGUUGGAAAAAUUAAUUGUAGAAUAUUUAAAGUAUAAUUUUUAACACCUAACUUAGAUUGAAAAUAAUAAGAACUAUUUUUUUUCUAUAAUCAAUGCAUUGAAUGCACAUGCUGCUUACUGUUUAGGGUACUGGUUCAACUACAUAACCUGCCUAAGCGCAUGAGUGCACUACCUACUUCAUGUAGUUGCAUUUUAUAUUUAAUUUUGAGCUGCAUUGUGCUUGUAUCAUUUUUCAGCGAAAGCUCUUUAAAAAAUUUGUUUUUAUUAUUAAGCUUGACUUAUUCAACUUAACUUUCUGCUCUGAAUAUUUUGUUUUAAACGUAACGAAUGGUAUUUUUGUGCAAUAUUGACGAGUUUUACGAAGGCCUACUUCUAAAGUAGCAGCAACACUCCGAUUUAAGUACCAGUGUAUUUCAAAGCUUAUUUAUACGGACUUAUGCUAAGCAGUUAGAUAAAAGCGAUUGUAUUUGAGCUACAUGUGGAAAAUAUUUAAAAAUUAAACUUUGCAUAAACUUUUUUUCUUUUUUAAUCUUUUCAUAUAAAGUGUUGCGUUUUGCAUGUGAUUUGGUCAUUAUUAUUUCACAUAAAUUGAAAUUUGCAAUAAGGUUAAAAAACUUAGUAUGCUCAACUUUGUGCACAUUUUCGAGAACUUUACUUAAAACUGAAGAUUUAUGGUCCUUCGCUUGGAGCUGUUAAAUACAAAAUGUGCCAUUUAAUUUUUGCACAUACUAUAUAUGUGUGCUCAUGUAUGUAUAACAUAUAUGUGUGCGCACUUCAUUCGUAAUAAUUUUUGAUGUGGCAAUGAGAGAUGUUUGUAAACCUUAUAAACUUUAGAGUGGUCGUUAAAAACUAUAUUUUCCGAUGUAAAUACGAAGCUAUAAAAAUUAGCCUAAAAUCGCUACUGGUUUUUUGGAGUUAAAAGAAUUGUAUUCUUAAAAAAUAUAACUUUUUAGAUAUUGGCAAAAAUAUAGUUCUUACCCAUCACUAAUAUUUUUGCAUACAUGCAUUCUAUAUGCUAUAAAUAUGUUGCACAUUUGGUCAUGCCACAUCUUUUUCCCAUCGCUUUUAUCUAUUUUUUUUUAAUCUUUGUUAGAGUAUUACUUUUUGGUCUGCAGCUGAAAAGGUACAACCAUUUUCUUUACUCUCCCAUAAUAUAUCUAUAAUAAAAAAAAAAUAAAACUUAGUAAACCUUAGGUGGUACGCUGUAUUAUUCGCAUUUUAGAUAUUUAAACAUAAUUAUAAUUAAGUGACGGUAUAAAGGUGAGACAUAAUUCAAAAAAUGGAUAAACCUAUUAAAGUUAAACAUCAUUUUUUUAUAUCAAUAUUAUUUGAAAAUUACAAAAAAAAAAUUAUGAUUUAUGAAGAAAACCUACAUGUGUAGUAGAAUGCCAGGCUUUAAGCGCAAAAUAUGCAAAAAAAAGAUGUAAAAUAAAAUUAUGUUUCUGAAUUUCGGUAUUAUUAUUAUUGAUUAGAGUGAAAUAGUGCAGUAUGGAGGUGUCAGUUUGCCUGCUAAGAAAUCCACAGUUUAACCAUUCAUAUACAUACUAGAUAAUUAGAAGCUAAGUCAGCAGCAAUAAUAAGAAAACAUUUAAAGUGAAGUCUAAAAACAAAAGCCUAUGCAAACAUUUUAGCACGAAAACUUAGUGAACAUUAAAAGAAAAUCAUUAAAUUAGUUAUACAUGCAUAUAUACAAGCAAGAUUAUAUACAUACAUACAUAUAAUAAAUAUAUAUACAUAUAUAUAUAUAUCUAUUAAAGAUUAUUGGAGACAUUACUAAUAAAGUAUAUGGACUAACAUACACAUAGGAACAGUUAAUUACACAUUUAUACAAUACAACAACACAAUCAUAUUAUGAUCUACAUAAUAAAUCACACAUGUAAAUGAAACACUAAAGAAAACUGCUAAUAAAUUGUUGGAAAACGGUCUGGAUAUUCGGUUUAGAAUAUAUACAAAUAUUC